UACCUCAAAAAUGGCAUUCAGAAGAAUUACCUUAAUCCUUCUCCUCUCCCUCUUAAGUUUCUACUCUGAAAUCGUCAAGUCCCAAAACUGUAACUGCCCCCCAAACGUCUGUUGCAGUCAGUUCGGUUAUUGCGGUACCACAGACGCUCAUUGUAGUCCUACGUGCCGAUCAGGUCCUUGUAGAGGCAGUGGAACCCCAUCAGGUGCUGAUGCUGUUGGUAGCAUUGUGACACAAGGAUUCUUUGACGGCAUCAUCAACCAAGCCGGUAAUGGUUGCGCCGGAAAGAGAUUCUAUACACGUGACUCUUUCAUUAACGCCACCACUACUUUCCCUAGCUUUGUUAAUUCUGUUACUAAGCGUGAAAUUGCAACCAUGUUUGCUCAUUUCACUUACGAGACUGGACACUUCUGCUAUAUAGAGGAGCUAAACGGAGCAUCACGUUCAUUUUGCAACCCGAGCAAUAGGCAAUAUCCAUGUGCACCGGGUAAGAGCUACCAUGGUCGUGGUCCGCUCCUACUAUCAUGGAACUAUAACUACGGACAGUGUGGCCAGAAUCUCGGUCUCGACCUUUUACGCCAGCCCGAGCUGGUCAGUAGUAACCCAAUUGUGGCCUUCAGGGCGGCUAUGUGGUUUUGGAUGAAGAGUGUGAGGCCUGUCCUGAACCAGGGAUUCGGAUCCACCAUAAGAGUUAUCAGCAGUUUGGAGUGUAACGGUGGUAAUUUAAAUGCAGUAAACGCAAGGAUUAAGUACUAUAGAGACUAUUGUGGACAGCUUGGUGUAGAUGCUGGUGCCAAUGUCACUUGCUGAAAAGUCUUCGACGUGAUGUGGGAGGGCCGAUGUGUGACAAGUGACUGUUUUAUGUGAAAAAAAAAAAAAAUUAUUAACAUGUAAUAAUCUUGUGAAAAUGAAUCGAAUAAUGAAGUAAAAUAAAGAUUUGUUUUAUCGGUCAAAGCGGUUGAAUGAUCACAAUUAUACGAUGACAUAUUGGAGCGUUCUGAAAAAGUAAAAUUCCAAUUGC